AUGGUUUUCAUUGUUGCAGCGAUAAUUUUCAUCCCAUUAGCUGUCGUCGGGAACCUACUUGUCUUCUUCGGCAUCCUGCUCUACCCUGGUUUCUACAACAACAGCAACGUCAUCUUGAUGGCCAUAGCCGUCUUUGACUUCUUCAUGGGAGCCGAGUGUCUCCCCAUGUACAUCAUGUGUUACGUCUCACCGACCAAGUACAUCAUCGCUAACAAUAGACACUUGUGUGUGCUGAAACUAGUCAGUCCUCUCAUCUCUUACGCUGGAUCUCUGUACUGUCUAAUGCUACUUUCUGUAGACCGCUAUCUGGCUAUAAUGUUUCCUUUCAGAUAUCAUAUCUGGAUUACAUAUAGAAGGUGUGUCUAUAUAACUAUGACAGUUAUUUGCUUUAUAUUUAGCACCGCCGCUCUGCCUUUGAUGGGAUGGAACAACUACAACCCAGCCAUUACUGACCAUCACAAGAAGUGUUAUUUUUACGGAACUCUUCCCCGAUUUUUAUUGACAUAUAUGUUUUUCAUUCCUAACAACGCCGCUAUAGUCAUAUCCAUUGUGGUUAAUUUUCAUAUCGGCAUCGUCGUAUUUCGACAGAUGAGAUCCUUUAAAGUAGAAAGCAUACUGUGGACGCAUGAACAGAAGCGCAACUUUAGUGCGAGAAUGAGCUCUGUCAAAAUUACUCUAGCACUGAUGUGUUUGUUUAUUUUAUUCACGGCGCCCUACCUGUCCGUUCUUCCAUUUAAGAUGUUUAAAGUUUUCCCGGAGAACACCGUGGAGGCGAUAAAGAUGUACACGCUAAUCCCACUUUUUGGUAACUCCAUCGUCAACGGCUGCGUCUAUGCGGUAAUGAAAACCGAAUACCGCCAGGUGUACCUCACCAUGCUAGCCACCUACCCGUGGAACUGGCAAAGAAACCUGCGAGGGCUCUAUCGAUUGAACAACACCAGCUUCGCCACAGCUACGUCACAGCACACUGAGAUGACGGCCGCUUUAAAGGAAUACGAAGACGAAGUCAUUUUUGACGGCAAUGAACAAAAAUCAGAAGCCGGCUCUAAAGUGAGACAUUCUUCUUUCAGCGGCGUGGAUGGCGUAUCGUCAUCAGUCGAUAAAGCCGACUCGCACGGCAAGUCUUUUAGGGUUAGUUCUAUAAUUUUAACGCCUUUUAAAAACAAACAUUCGCACGGCAGCCCCGAGGAGAAGCCAGCAUCGUUUGACCAUUUGCAAAUAAAACCAGGAAUCUCUGAUACAUAAGCA